AUGUGCUAUCAAUUGACAGAGUUCUACUCGGCAUGUCGCUGUAUUUAUUAUAUCCAUGCUAUCGAUCGCUGUGCGUCCUUUGAUCGACCGGGUCAUGGUGUUCAAAAGCGCAGCAUCCUCGUCGGUUACGCCUGCUCAUCGCACAGUUCUUCUUAUGCAUCUUUCAACUCGGCUAAAGAGAACGAUGGAGCCGAUGAAAGCCAGAUAUCGGACGAUGACGAAGUCGCGUCUGUAUUCAGCCAAGCCUCAGCUCCUUCUACAAAUAUAACAUUCCCUGAUGACACGAAGCAGGAAGCCUCGGAUAUGUUAUUUCAGGAAUUGCUCAACGAAUUCAGUCUCAGACAUUUAUGGCCACAGAUCGUGAGGAUAUCUCAGAGUCAGGAUGUAGCCAUCAAGACUAUCGCGAGGUAUCUGUCCCGUUUCUCUCGGGACUUGAGGACCAAUGCAACUAGCCGUCUGCAUAAGGACGCGGCAAGAUUCGUCGGUUUAUCUCGGCAAACCGUUGCUGACCGCAUUGUGGAAUGCCACAUUAGCGAGCUCAUAUGCACAGAUGAGUUAACAUCUGUUGUAACGACGAAAGACAUGUCUCUGGACGGCGUCAUUGAGGAAACUGAAGAGAUAGAGGAUCCGGACUCAGACGGGAAGAACGUGAUUUACGAGAACGUACAACAAUUCAUAUUUGAAGGAGCAUCGUUUCAGAGCUUUGUUUCAUCUCUAAGGCUCUUUGCAUCCACUGACACCGAGUCAUCAUCCGAGUUAGGCUAUAACGCCAGGCAAUACUUCAACUACAUAAGAUGUGGACAAAUGGGAUACGACGAUUACCACGAGAGGCGAUCAGGCGCAAUUGAAGAGUUACAAGCCUUGCUAAAAGACUACGAGGAGAUGAAUCUUGAGCUUGUAGAUAGCACGGGGCCAACGUCAGUUAGACCGUCUACGGGGAAUCUCUCCUCCAUCAUGAAAUGUUUGUUCCCCGUCUCUUUCUUCAAAAAGACGUCAGGAAAGCUACCUACUUUUAACCAACGCCAAAAGCUUGGAGAAGCCUGCCAUACUUCGUCUUCCACACAAACGUCAGCAGUCGAUCCAAAGCAUAGGUUUCUCAUAGUGUGCGCCCCAUUUCAGAGGCAGGUUUCGAAGGCGCACCAGCCUGAUAUUUGCAAGAUUCACUCAGACCGCGAUUUCUUUCAGGCAUUACGAUACACUUAUUCCGGCUCACGACGUGCCUUAAGAUGGCGCUGGCUUCGGCGCGUAUCAUCCAUAGACUUCGUCAAAUUUGAGAUCUUUUCGAGCGAGAUCGUCAACAUCCAGCAGUGUCCUUCGCUGCCUGGAAAUCAAGAAAGAAUGGAAUAUGAUUUUGAACAAUGUGACACAAGUCCACCUAUCGGGCCAAACCUUUUAUCACAUUUGUUUGAGAAUCCAGAUCACGCAGAGGUUCUACCCGUCUUGUUCAACAGGAUACCAAAGAAAUUGGGAAAGAAGCUCUGUGCUUGUCCUAGGAAAGGGAGCUCAGUUGGGUGGGGUAUCAGAUUUGUCGAGGGACUUGAUCCGUUCGCCGUAUUUAUUUGCGGGUGUGUGGGCUUCGUGGUGUCCUUAGCUGUUUCUCUGAUCUAUACACUUGUGAUGGAUGACAUACAGGGUGGUUUCGCUAUUGGCGCACAUAUGCUGGCUUUCUUUCUAUUUUGCGGAGGUUGUCUUCAAUCUGCACUUGGGUGA